GCUUGGGGUUUCGAAGUGGCUUCCAAAAAUGCCGCUUCCAAAAAUGCCACUCCCAAACGCACCAAAUUCUUAUUCCUUAAGAAAAGCAAAAGCUGGGGAACAUGCAGAAGGAGGACAUUGCUUCACAUCACCAGAGCCCAGGAUUCCAAUGGAACCGCCCCUACUGGCCUUUCGCCCUCGACACUGCUAAGGCUUCGUUUCGUCCCGCUCGAGAAGCGAUUUCUGUCACCAUCUUGCUUGCUGCUGCUGCUGCUUCAGAAGAGCGGGGGGAAAUUUCAUCGCUCGUUCUCAAGAGAGGCGAAGAGGUUUAUCUACAUGCCCAAUUCAAAAAUUAGUCCGAGUGAUGAGGGGAACAAGACUGCAAAACGGAGUCUUCCGUCCUGGAUGAAUUCCAAACACAAAGGGAAUUCCAGGAAUGGCAAGAAAGCAGCUGGUUCUGGUGAAGAUGAAGACACCGGGGAAAACGAGAGGCCUGAACAAUCCAAAGGGCUUGAUGGAGAACUCGUGAGCAGCACACUGGCCAAGAAAUCUGCGGGCAGUGGGAAACCUUCUUCAUUGAGCUUGGAUACCUUGCCAUUUUCCAAACUUCUGGAGGGCGUGGUUUUUGUCUUAUCGGGUUUCGUUAAUCCAGAGCGCAGUACCUUGCGAUCCCAGGCCCUUGAAAUGGGAGCAGAAUAUCAGCCUGACUGGAACUCUGAUUGUACACUACUAAUUUGUGCUUUUCCAAAUACUCCAAAGUUUCGACAAGUUGAGGCUGACAAUGGAACAAUUGUUGCAAAGGAGUGGAUAACGGAGUGCUACACCCAGAGGAAACUAGUUGACAUCGAAAGCAAUCUAAUGCAUGCUGGAAAACCAUGGAGGAGGAGGAGUACUUCAGAUAAAUCAGGCAGAGAUUCAGAGAAUUCACCAAGCAGAGGUUAUCAUAAGCACGUUGAGAAAAGAUCACAGUCCAGACAGUUGACUGCUGCAUCCUCAAAGAAGGCAAAUUCUAAUGUUACUGAGGACGUACUGAUUCCUUCGAAAGUGAAGAGCUGGGCUAUAAUUGAUCUGAACAGAACGACCACAUGGCUGGAAAGUCGAGAAGAAAAGCCUCCAGCAGAUGAGAUAAAGAAAAUAGCAGCUGAAGGGAUAAUAACUUGCUUACAAGAUGCAAUUGAUGCCCUUGAGCAAAAUCAGGAUGUCCGACGAAUUAGUGAACAGUGGAACAUUGUUCCUCGUGUGGUGGAGGAGCUAAUUAAGCUUGAGGGGUCUGGAGAUACUGCUACUUCGAUCUCAAAUGCAGACCUGCACAGAAAGGCCGUGGAUUGUAAGCAGAUUUAUGAAGCAGAAUACAGCAAAUUGGAAUAUGAUGCUUCAGUGAAGCGAAAGAAGCCUAGCACUGAUGAUCGGAAAUCCAAAGGGAAAAAGGCAGCCGUCUCUGCUGAUGCAGUGGCUGCAUACGACAGUGACGAGACCAUCGAAAUGACCGAAGAGGAAAUAGAACUCGCAUACAACACCGUGGCUGCCAAAGUUCCAGAGUUUUGAGUAUUAACUGGAUCUGGUCGGUUUUAAAAGUGUAGAUUUUGCGACGAAUAUCAUGCUACAUCAGUAUUUUGUGGCAAGUUUCGCCUUUUUCUUGGUUGGCUAGCAUAUGUCUCCUUCCUACCCGAAUGGUAAAUUUCUGUUGAAGGUGUUCUCAGUUUCGACGAGUAGAGUGUUGUAGAGCAUACGGACCUUGAGAAGUCUGUCUAGAUGCUGGACCAGCAUGAUGCAACAUAAAUGAAAUGUUAGGGUUUAAUUGAAGUAA